GUCAAUAAUAGAAUUUUGUAAGCACAAUACACAACAUACACUAUCCAACAUGAAGUCCAUUUUCAGCUUCCUCUUGCUUACUACUUUCUGUUUGCUUCCCUUUGUGGCCUUUUCAUCAACUUGCACUUGCGACAAUCCCAUUUUCCUGCCCACUACUACUGAUGACGACAACGGUUUCCCCCUCCUUGAACUUCCUGAAGUGUUGGACAGUAAUGGCGAACCACUCCGAGUAGGCGAAGAGUACCGCAUUCUCUCCGCUACCUCGGAAGCUCGCAGAGGGGCAGUAGGCUUGGCCAAAAUUGGAAACGCCAAAUGCCCAAACGCCGUGGUCUUGCACCCAGGGAACAUUCAACUAGGCCUGCCCGUUAAAUUCUAUACUAGGCACCCUGGUCCUCCACCUCUUAAUGUGAUACGUGAAACUAAUCAGAUUAAUGUUAUGUUCUCGACUCCAAAUACACAGCGCUGUGAUAACGGAAACUUUUGGAUGGUUGGUAAACCUGACGAGAAUGCACAGGGGCUUAGGUUCGUGGAAACUAGUCGUGUCCCAGAAGUUCCAGACGGCGUUUUUCAGAUUGAGAAAUUUACUAAGGCAUCACCUUUUUACAAGAUAAGGCAUUGUCCCAACCGAUCAACAUGUCCAAAAUGCCCCUGUUCAGACGUGGGAUUGACAUCCCAGAGUGGACACAGUCGUCUGGCUCUCACUAACCAGCCUUUUUCCUUCAUCUUCAAGAAAGUCCAGAAGAGUUGUACUGAUGCAUAAUUAAUAUCCUCAUAAUUAAUUAUGCUUAACCUGGCUUUCUAAAUAAUGUGGAUAUUGAUCUAUCGCUUGUAUGUAUUUUCGAUAUUCCGUUCUAUGUAAUACUGCUUAUGAAGCAUAUGAAUAAAGAAGCUAGGUUCUAAAUUUA